CACUCACUAUUGUGGCGGGAAAAUUAUAAAAUCAUUAGAACGGUGCAGUGAAAACUGUAAAAUUUCGUUUCCAUAAAAAAAUUAUUUUUCAGUGAAAUUGCAUGUGUAAAUCAAGUUUGAAACUUUAGGACAGAAAGUACAAUCCACCGGAAGAACCACAAUAAUGGACGAAGAUUCGAAUCAAAGCUCCCGCAGCAGUAAUCAACCAGCGAUGGAUAUGUACGACGAUGAAUCAAAACAUCGCGAAUCAGAUUCGCAAAUGACUCUGACCUACGGUGGAUCGGAUUCGGAACUAAACGAUACUGACACGCUCCGGCUGGAGGAUUCUGACGAUGACCAGCAGGGUUCAGCUGAGCCGAAAAAACCGAGUCCGAAAGACGGGAUUAUGAAUGAAAAUUCUGUGAGCAAUGAUCGUCAAUCGUUAUCUGUUUCACCGUUCGAAUUCGAACCUAGUGAUAAACAGGAUGAAGCCCCCGAAAGACUAUCGGUUGUUGAAGACAAUGACGAUGAUGUAGGUUCUAUAAUUAGGAAUCGGAAGAAGAUAUCACAGCUAAUUGACACCGACUCGGAGGAAGAACGAACCGAAUUGAAUGCACCUGCAAAUAAGGAGUCCAACAUAAAUGAAGGUGACGAGGCAGAACAGCCCAGAGAGGAUCUGUUGAAGGGUCAAAGUAAUGCAAAAAAUGUAACAGCUGAAAAAAUCGAAGAGUCCAUGAAUAGAUUUAAGUCGUUGAUCGACUCGGAUUCAGCCAGUCCGGCAAAUGACUCGGAUAGGGAAACAGCAAAACCGAAAAAGAAGAAAAAGCUUAAAACCAAGAAGGAGCGUGAUCAGGGCAAAAGCAGUGCCAGCAAAGGUGAUCCCAACGAUUUGUUGUCCAGUUUAAAUUUAGAUUUCAGCGACGAUGAAAACCGCAAAUCAAAUGUAGGCGGAGAUGAAAGUUCCGGAAGCGCUGCAAGCCACGACAGUGGUAGCGGUAGUGAGAUCGAUGAUAGAAGCCAGAAGAAAAACAAAUCGACUAAAUCUUCAGAUGAUAAGCCCCAGAGAAUGUCCGCGAAGGCAGCAAUGGAACAGAUGCAGGUCAUCCAAAGUGAAUCACAGCGAAUGGCGCGAGAAGCGGCCGUAUCAGUGCCGUAUCAUCGUCCCAAACAGCACACGCUACAAGAGUUUCUAAGUCGUAGAACUAUAUUGAAGCCUGUCGUGAGACCAGAUAAAGCAGGAAACGUCACUAUGGGUAGGAAGAAAGCAGCUGCGGCCAUAAAAAUGACUCCGGAGCAGUUGGCAGCUUAUGCCAAACAGUUGGAGGAACGUGAGAAGGAAGCAAUGGAAUUCUUCAAAAGCGAAAGCGACGAAAGUGAAAAGGAGGCAGAGGAGGCCAAACAGUGCGAUCAAGCGGCGGAUGUCGAAAUGAAAUCUGCGGAAGAACAAUCACCUAACGACACCGCAACGGUGCCAGCCAGCUCCGAAGAAACUAAUCUAGAGGAACAGAACGAUCCGAAACCAACCGCAGAUGACGUGGCUGAGAACGUUUCAAACGGUCAAGGACCAACUGACAAUAUUGUUGCACCAAUGGAUACUGAACUCGGCGAGAGCCUGCGAGUAUCAGACACAGAAGAUGAUGCUCUAGACGCCCUUGUCAAUAAAACUAGUGAAAACGUCGACGCGCUGCUGGCUUCCCAGAGCGAGCACGAGAAUCUUCCAACACAGGCAGAGCCUGAACCAGUUGCUGGGCCGAGCAAUCCGCAUCCAGUAAUAGAUUACGACCCAUUUCCGGAACCGGCGACCUCGAUACUUGCACAGAAAAAGGCAGAACUCUUGAAGGAUAAUUCCAUUAAGGUGUUUCCAACGUUGAAAGGCGAUCCGAACAUGGUGAUCGAUUUUGAUGCGGGGGACGUUUUGCCAAAAACUCCUUCGGGACCAGAUUUACUUCUCGAGCGCUUCGUCAAGUGCAGCGGUAAGAAAGCACAUAAAGCUUCCAGUUUGGACAUCCUCAGUACAGAUAAAGGAACGGUAGAGAUCAGCACCGUGAAGCUAGGAUUGGAGCAAGAAGAGCGCGAUCCUAAUGGAAAGGAACCAGUACCGGGGGCGGCCCAUAUGAAACUCAAGCAAAGCUUAUGGGAAAAAAUGGAGCAAGCGCGAAGGGAUAGCUUUUUGAAGAGACAGCAAGAGACUUACCCGGCCAAAAAGAUCGAUGACGAUGAAGAGGAUGAAGAAGAGGCAGUACUUGCCGAUAAGGGCUUAGCUGACGAAUAUGAUGAUGAGGAAGAAGCAGAGUGCGACGAAGACGACGAUGAAGAAGUUGUGGAAGGCAAGCAGUGUGACCUUUUGGAUGACGAAGCUGAAGUCGACGAAGAUGAUGGGGCGGCCGAGAAUCAUGGCGAAGAAUCGAAUGAAGAUGAAGACGAGGGAUCAAGCGAUGAAGAGAGCGAACAGGAAUCAAAAGACGCACCUGCAGCUGCUGAUGGCGGAAAGAAGAAAAGUCGGAUCAUUGCAGCGUUCGAAGAUUCCGAUGAAGAUGAUCUAGAAAAGGAAACAGAUGCAGUGAAUGCGAAAACGGUAGAAAAAACAACAACCGAGGAGCUGUUUUCAACAUUAGAAGGCAAUGAGAAAUUUACCCCAUCGGACCGCAACCAUCUAGAAACGGGUGAAAACAUGACUCUCCUCUGGAAGGACACAGAAGAACAGGAAUCCACCAAUGCCCAGGCGGACGAAGAAGAUCUCCUAGCUUUGUGUUCGGGACGGUUCGAAACGACCCAAGCCCGUCCACCACCAUCAACCUCAGAAUCAUUAGCAACUACCCAGGCAAUGACCACAACUCCUUCCGACUUUGUCUUUACUGAAAGCGAUCGUAUGACAGCUGAAAGUGAGCCACCCAUCACAACGGAAGCACUUUUUACGCAGCGCGGUGACCAACCAGUUGAUGACAGUGAGCUGAUUGCGCUCUGUUCGGGAACGUUUGCUACCCAGCGACAAACGUCAGAUCUAGAUACAGAGCAGCCUUUACCAUCGGAAGUGAUCGCCAAAGGAAAGUUGGUCAUUGCGUCUUCCGACGAAGAAGAUUUGCAACAGGACGAAGAUCAAAAAAGGAAAAAGAAGCGCAAGCGACGAAAUCUGAAUAUCUCGGACGACGAAGAAGAGAGUGCGCUGGAACCUGAGGAGGAGGCCAUUGAUAGUGCUGACGAUGACAAUGUGUUAGAGGAUGAAGAGGAACCAGAGCGUUACGUUGACUACGAUUCGGAAGAAAACGAAGUAGAAGUCGUAAUGACCAAAAAGGACAAGGAAAAGAGAGCCAGCGCGUUUGUAGAAAAUGAAGCCGAGCUUUCGGAGUCGGAGUGGGGCAGUGCAGAUGAGGACGAAAAGGAUCUCGAUCGGUAUGACAUGGAGCUGGGUGAUGAGGAGAAGUUCGACCAAGACAAGCUGCAGGAAGAGUUGGAGCGAAUCCACAUGCGAAGGAUGUUGGAGCAGGAUAAAAAGGAGGUCAAAACAUUGCAGGACAUGUUUUUCGAAGACGAAGAAAAGGAUGGCGUUGGGCGUGAGAGACAGUUCCGGUGGCGAAAUGUAGAAACGACAUUCAGUUUGGAUUACGACAAGAAGGGAGACGAGCAACAGAAGGCAGAAGGUGAAGACAGUGACGGUGAAACGGAGGCACAGUGGCGCAAAAUGAGAUUUGAGCGAGAUAUGUUGCUCAAGGAGAAAAAAAUCAAUUUGGACCCGAUUGAUUUGAGUGAGUCGCUGGAAAACGAGCGUACCGAAGACGAGAAUGCCGAAGUGGAGAACAAUUCCAGCAUUGACAAUCAAUCAAUGCUAAUAAUGCAACGGAAAAUAACCAUUGUGCGACAUAUAAAUACUGUGGAAGCCAGCAAUAAACCGCAGAAUUCAUGUUUUUUGAUCAAAAAGGCUACUACUUUGCAGAACACCUGCAACGCAUCCUUUUUGGCUCGUGAUGAAGAAACGCUCCAACGUCUGGCUAAUUUAGUGAAGAUGAACCCGGAAACCGAAGGGCUCAAUACGGCCACGGCGGGAAAAGGAAGGAAUUUCGUAUUCACUGCCGUCAGUCCAGCUGUGGAUAAAAUGGGAUCCAAACGCUCAUCAGAUGCUGCCAAUCUGAAUGAAUCCCCCAGCAGCAGUGCGAAAAAGAUGAAAACGGUCGAUGAGUCUCCCAAGGCGGAAAGCAAAAGCAAGAAAAGGUUACUGCUUGCACAGCUGAUGUAAAUAAAUAGAUUAGCC